CUGUUCUGCGUAGCGAUGGCGGUCGCGUGCUGUGGGAUGCCAUCAGCAGCGCCGUUUCCUUUUGCACCGAAGCCCACCCCAUCAGAAGCCGUAACGACCCCAUCGACAUCGCCGGCUGGAUACGACUUCAGUCACCCUCAUGUCGACACUCACUAUCAGCAGCCGACCGAACAUGACGACUCCAGCCAUUACGUGAAUCAAUUGCAGCAGCCGUCCGAACACGACUACUACGGCCAUAACGCCGACGGUCAGCAGCCGUCGGCGGAUGUUCCGCAAGCCGACUCGUCGUAUCACUUCGCGUACGCGGUGGAAGACCCGCUGACCGGAGACGUGAAGAGCCAGAACGAGGUGAGCGACGGCCGAGGCACGGUCAAGGGAACGUACAGCCUGGUCGAAGCGGAUGGUUCUACACGGGUGGUCGAGUACACUGCCGAUGACGAGCACGGUUUCAACGCCGAAGUGAAGAGGAUCGGACCGCAGCACAGGUACGCAGCGGCGUCCUCCGACCUGUUCGAUCGCCAACCAUCGUCCGACCAGGGAUUUGGCCGACUCACCGGCGGUGGUGAUUCAUCCGUGGGAAUAAUACAUUCCACCGAUCAACGAAACGUGCACUUUUACCUCCCCCAAGAGUACGUCAUCGGGGAGGUGUAACGAUGAUUUUUUUUCUUAUUUUCUGUUUUUGGUUUCUGGUCGCGAUCGAUCGCUCGAUAGCGUGCCUUGUCCUUAUUGCAUAAUCUUUUCCUCUAAAUAGUCAUGUUAUUGUAUUUUUUUAAAUAGUUGAAAAUUUAAAUCUAUGGUGAGUAGUAACAUAAUAGGUAUAGGUACCUACACUGAUAUACAAUCAGUGGCGUAGAUAUGAUUUUUUKCUGGUGGGGUAUUGACUAUUGGCUUUAAAAUUAUUAUAUAUUAUACAAUUUAAAAAAAAAUACUUGUA